UUUUAAAAGAGAAGAAAAUGGGAGAAAUCAAGAUGACCAAGUCAAAACAUAGACAACGAGUCAAUGAGCUCGUUCAACAGAGAGCUAGAGAGUCUGGUCGAGAUGAAGCUGAGGUCAGGAAAGAGAUCAUGAUGGAGAGGAGAGCUGAGGUUAAAGCAAAGAAGAAGAGCGCCAGUGAGAAAGAACAGCUGAAGAAGAUCGAGAAGAAGAUCAAGAAGGAAGUGGGUGACCAGGGUGAGAUUGUGCUGAAGAAAGCUCUAGCUGCUGCUACCGCCAAGUUCUUCUCUGAGAAGAAGAAGCAGAAGAAGAAUGCCCUCAAGAACUCUUCGGAUAAAAUUGUUCAGAAGAAAAUUGCUGAGAAAUGGUGUCCAAGGAACAUGCCUUGGUUCGAUAAACAAUGUGAAGAAUCUUAUAACGCGCUGUACCUGCUGGGCGCCAUGAUGGAUAUUAACAUUGAGAAGAAUACAGAUAUGCUGAACGAAUUGUACCCUAAGGAAUGUGCCAAACACUUUGAUCUCCUCGCAAAAAAAAGGUUUAACAGCAAAGAUGAACCUACACCUGAAUCUAAGGAUGGAAAUGAAACCUCUGCUCCAGCUAAAACUCAGAUCAGAAAGAAAAAAUCUAAACUUGAAAUUGCUUUGAAUGAAAAACUAGCAAACAACCCUGAGCAGAAAAGUGAACAGGAGCUGAUGAAAGAACUGGUUAAAGAACUCAAGGUAAAAGAGAAGAUGAACAAGAUCAAGAUGACCAGGAAGCAUUGGUUCCCUGUCAACCAGGCCUGGUUCGAUCAGGAGUGCAAGGACUACGCUGCAAAGAUAAACAACAAAGCGUCGGAUCUGGGAUUAGAUCUUAAAAACAACUUCGCGGAUUUCAAGAAACUGAAAACGGAAGCCAGAGUGAUGACUAAAUCAUACUUCAAGCUACUAGAGUCAAAGAAGUUGAAUAAUGACCGGGUGGAGGAGAAGGAGAAUAAAACCUUGAACAAGAACAAGAAGAAAAAGAAGAAGAAGGUCGUCAACGAGAAUCAGAAUGAGGAGGAGGACGAGGGGAGGGAAAAUAAGAAAAUCAAGUUUAACGAUGAAGAUGAAGAUGAAGAUGAAGAUGAGAAAGAAGAAGAAGAAGAUAAGGUUGAAGAUAUCUCAAUGGAAGAUGGCGAAGAUAAAAAGUCCAAGAAGAAGAAGAAAAAGAAGAAGAAGUCUGGAAAGAAAGAAGAUAAAACAGAAAAGGAAAACGUGACUCCAAAGAAAGAAAAGUCUGAGAAAAAAGAAAAGAAAACUCCGGAAAGUGAAAUCAAAGAAGAAAAGAUAACUCCUAAGAAAGAAAAGGAAGGUAAAUCUCCUAAAAAGGAGAAAGAGGGCACAACUCCCCAGAUAGGAAAGGAAGGGAAAACUCCUAAGAAGGAGGGGAAGACUCCUAAGAAGGAGGGGAAGACUCCUAAAAAGGAGGGUAAGACCCCUAAGAAGGAGAUUGAAAGUCCUGAGAAAACCCCUUUAAAGAGUAAGGAGAACACUAGUUCUGGAAGCAGUAAGAAGAAGAAGACGAAAAAUUCAUCCUGAUCAUUUUUUAGAAAAUAAAUUUUUUUGUUAA